UGGUUCAAGAUCAAUCACCAUUUUUACCAACCGACGCAUGUGAAAACACCACAGUGAAUACAGAGUGUAUUGUUGACGGUUUAGUGUUUCGUGAGAAAAAGAAAGUCGGCAUAGCAACCCCUGGUGACACUGAGCAUGAAGUGGAAAUAUUCAAUUGUCCGCCUUUUGUGUGUGAGUGUGUGUGUGAGCGUGAGUGUGUGUGAAUGGGUUUCUCCUCCUCCUCCAGCAGUCCUGUAUGGGGAGGUGAAAUCUCCUCUGUACCCUCAGCCCUACCCAGCUGGUGUGUACGAGGAGAGAGAUCUGACUGUUCCCACUGGGUACAGGAUCCAGCUCACCUUCACACACCUGGACAUUGAGCCUUCAGAAGACUGCUAUUAUGACUCACUAAUGGUCAUCCAUGAUGAGAAAAUGUUGUGGAAGUUCUGUGGUCAAGCCAACUCUGCUGAUGGAAAUCACCCUGGCAACCAGCCUAUCAUGGCGCCUGGCAACAGCCUCCGCUUGAUCUUCCAGGCAGAUGAGACGAAUCCGGGGCUCCACAAGCACCUUGGCUUCUCUGUAUUCUACCAGGCAGUGGAUGUGGACGAGUGUGCCGUGGGUACAGAGCCAGGCAAGACCCCGCCUUGCUCCCAGAUCUGCCUCAACAGCCUGGGCUCCUACUUCUGCUCCUGUAACCAUGGCUACGACCUCCGCGGCGACCAGCGCACGUGCACACCGAGUUGCCCGGGUGGGGAGUUCAAGGAGCUGCAGGGGACCCUGAGCAGCCCAGGCUACCCUGAACCGUCGCCCCACGGCCUGCACUGCCUCUACAACAUCUCAGUGGAGCCCGGCUUCUUCAUCACACUCAACUUCACACAGGACUUCCACAUCGAGCACAUCAAGAACCCACAGCCCUCCUGCCUCUUCCACUGGCUGCAGGUGACCAUACCAGGCCAGGAACCUAGGAAGCUGUGCGGAAACGAGAGUCCCAGACUCCUCCACACCAACUCUCACUGGGUCCUGCUGGAGUACCACACAGACUGGGCUGGGCUGAGCCGUGGAUGGAGACUCCACUACACCACCCAGAGGGUGAAAUGCGAGAUUCCCAAAGGCAUCGUCAACGGCCGUGUCACCCCCUCCCUGCCUGAGUACCUCUACAAAGACUACAUCCACGUGCGCUGUGAUAAAGGCUACAUGCUGAUGAAGGGCGGGAAGGAGAUCGAGGCGUUCGGGUCCAUGUGCCAGAGUGACGGGAAUUGGCACAAGUCUCUCCCUGAGUGCCACAUCGUUGACUGUGGAAACCCUGAGGCUGUGCUGAACGGAAACUUUAAGUUCGUCUCUGACACAAAGAACAACAAGUACCGCUCCGUCGUCCAGUACACCUGCAACGAGCCCUACUACUCAUUUGACAAGAACCACGCAAUGGUGCAGUUCACCUGUGAGGCGGAUCGCAAGUGGAAGCAGACCAGCAAUGAUGUCAUUCCUGUGUGUGUUCCAGUGUGUGGCCGUUUAGAGAAGUCUAAUGAAGGUCGUCAGAAGGUGCUAGGGGGGGAAGUCGCCGGAGCAGGGGCGUUCCCGUGGCAGGUGCUGCUGCUCGUACCUGGCCGCGGAGGAGCAGCUGUCAUCGCACCCAAGUGGAUUAUGACUGCAGCUCACAACCUGGCAUCUGCUUCAAAGGACGCGAUAAAGCUGUAUGUUGGGCACAAUGAUGUUGAACAGCUGAUAAAGUCACCUCCUCUCGAAGUGGCAUCUAUACAUAUUCACCCCCAAUACGAUAACCGACCUGAGAAAAGUAACUUUGAUCAUGACAUUGCCCUUAUCAAGCUCAUGCGGCCAAUCACAUUUGGUGCAUCUGUCAUGCCACUGUGUCUACCCCCAGCUAAUGCUCAAUACCCAACAAACAAACUUGGGACUGUAUCAGGUUUUGGUAUUACAGAGGAGAGCAUGAUUGCAAAUAAGCUCAGGUAUGUGAAGCUCCCCCUAGUGGAUCAAGGACAGUGCCGCAUCUCUAUUGACGAGAAAAGACCCACUGGAGGUGACAUCUCCAUCUUCACUGACAACAUGUUCUGUGCUGGGUUCCCUGAGGGCAGCAAAGACACAUGUCAGGGUGACAGUGGGGGGGCUUAUGUUUUGAAGGACGAUGACCGCUACUGGGCCGCAGGGAUCGUCAGCUGGGGAAUCAACUGUGGAGAGGAAGGCGUUUACGGAGUGUAUACCAGAGUUACCCAAUUCUUGGACUGGAUCACCAAGACCAUGGAGGAAAAAACUAAUUAGCGGGAGUGGAUUCUAAAUAAUGUGAAAUGGGUAAAGCUGCCAAAGAAAGGCUCCAUGUGAGAACUCACAAAACCGUUCACAUUUAAUUUCAGUGAUUAAAAGUUCACAGCCACACAGUUGUCUCAUUCUUUCUCAAUAAAUUCCCAGAAAAUCUCUGA